AUGACGCGAUCUUCAACUUUGUUCCUUUCAGCCGCUUUUUUAUCUGUUAUUCUAUAUUUCUAUCACAACCAGAUCCCGAUUUUGAGAAGUUUGCCUUUUAUAAGCACAAGCACCUCCAGUCAAAUAUACAGUGAAUGGAGGAAUUGUAUGUUGGGAAAUAUGGAAUUCUUAAUGACAGUAGAUGAUGAAACAUUCUGGAAUUCGCUUGAGAAUCCCGUGCAAAAAUGUGAAUUGUUGUAUUCGUUGAAAGAUGUCAAUAUGGAGCCAUUUGAUAAUAUGGAUGAGACUAAAUACUCGAUUCUUCCGAUUUGUGGAAAUACUGUGAUGAGUGUAGUUACCUUGGGAGUUGGUCAAGAUGUCACUGCAGAGUUAGCACUGCAGAAGCGAAUAGGCAACUUCUCGGUCCAGUUUUUCGGUGCCGAUCCGAUAGUUGAAGGAAACGAUGAACUGUUCUCAAAAGUUGGAACAUUUUUCCCGUUUGCUGUUGGAAAUUCUUCAAGAAUGGGUACUGCAUCUGUACUUUUAAACGGGAAUUAUGUCGAGAAACGAGUAGUUCAUGUGGAAUUUAUACAGUUUUUGAAAGGAAUCAUAGGCAAGAUUUUCUACGAUAAUAUAUGGGUCGAUGGGGAGUAUGCUGAGUACGAGCUAUUUGAUUAUUUCGUUAAUGGUGGAAAUUUGGAUCAAGAGGGAAUCACGGUUUGUCAAUUCAACAUGGAGUUCCAUCUCCCGAAUGCUAUUAGAAAACAUGAGUUCAAAAAAUUCAUCACCCGAAUUUUUAACGACCGACGAUACGCAUUUUUCCGUCCGGUUCGAGGGAAUCAUAUUCGAUUGUAUUUUGUAAAUUUUAUGAAUCCAGAUUGUACGAAAAAAUUUAUUAGCGAGUAG